AUGACAAAAGAGUAUACAAGAGAAGAUAGAGAACGAUGUGGAUUGAACAUUCCAGAAGAAUUUAAUGCAAUUGACUAUGAAUGUUUUAUGGGAUGUUGUGAUAUUGAUAAAAUUAAUAUUCCUACAAAUAUUACAUCAUUAGGAAAUAAAUGUUUUUAUAGGUGCAAAUCAUUAACGUCUAUUAAUAUACCAACUUCUGUUAUUAAAAUAGGAAAAUAUUGUUUUAGUGGAUGCGAAUUGUUAAAGUCAAUUACUGUUCCAUGUUCAGUUAAUGACAUAGGAAAUGAAUGUUUUGGUGAAUGUCCAUCAUUAACAUCAAUUGAUAUUGAAAAUGUUCAAUUUAUUAGUGAGGAUAGAAUGUUGUAG